AUGAGUGGGUAUGCCGUCAAUAGGUACACAAUUGAAUCUAGGAAGGUACAUAAAUCUGAUCAAAGAGGGCAUUUAACUUUAAAAUAUAGAAGAGAUAAUACUGGGACUAAAAAAGCUGAAUCAGUUAUUAAGGUUGAAAGAGAAAUUGAAAACUCUAGUCUUUCUGAACCAGUGGAUAAUAUCAUAAAUGACUCCUUAAGCUCAGAAGUUAAUAAUAAUAAUUUAAAUAUUAAGAAGGGUGCGGAAAGUGAUGGGGAGUUUGAGCUUGAGCUUGAGGAUGAAGGCGAGGAAAAUGAGCUGGAUGAUGAUGAAGACCUGCUCAGAGAGUUAGAGAAAAUUAAAAAGGAGAGAGCAGAAAAAGAAAAGGAGAAAAAAAACAAUGAUAUCAAGCUGAUGAUGCAAAACAAUCCUUUGUUGGAAGAGUAUCAUGAAAAUGGUAGGGAUGAGGGUGAUUCCGACAAAGAAGAAUAUAUUUUGAAGAAAAGAUGGACAGAAGAUACUGUUUUUAGAAACCAAAACAGAGUUUCUCAGCCUAAAAAACGAUUUAUAAAUGAUAUAUUACAUAGUGAUCAACAUAGAAAAUUUAUGAAGAAAUAUAUAUUAUAG